CCACAGACGGAGGGGGUGCGGGUGUCGGUGAACGUCCUCUCCGACCACAAGGACCUGCCCGUCCUCUUCGUGGUGAGGCAGAAGGAGGCGGUGGUCUCCUUCCAGGUGCCCCUCAUCCUCCGGGGACUGUACCAGCGGAAAUACGCGUACCAGGAGGUGAGCCGCACGCUCUGCCAGCCCCAGACCAAGGCGGAGGUGGAGACCCAGCACUUCUUCGUGGACGUCUCCACCUUGUCCCACAACACCUCCUACCAGCUGCGGGUCACCCGGGUGGAGAACUUCGUCCUACGGACCAACGAAAGGUUCAGCUUCAACGCCACGGCCUCCCAGCCACAGUAUUUCAAGUACGAGUUCCCCGAGGGAGUGGACUCGGUGAUCGUGAAGGUGACCUCGGCCAUGGCCUUCCCCUGCUCUGUCAUCUCCAUCCAGGACAUCCUGUGCCCCGUCUACGACUUGGACAACAACGUGGCCUUCAUCGGGAUGUACCAGACCAUGACGAAGAAGGCGGCCAUCACGGUGCAGAAGAAGGAUUUCCCCAGCAACAGCUUCUACGUGGUGGUGGUGGUGAAGACGGAGGAUGAGGCGUGCGGGGGGGCCCUCCCCUACUACCCCCUCUCCAAAGACGAACCUGUGGAUCAGCACAACCGGCAGAAGAAGCUGGAGGUGAUGGUGUCACCUGCCAUAACCUCGGAGGCCUAUGUGAGCAGUGUCCUCUUCUGCCUGGGCAUCUUCCUCUCCUUCUACGUCCUCACGGUGGUCAUCGCCUGCUGGGAGAGCUGCCGGCAGCACAAGAGGAAGGGGCUCCUGGCAGCCAUGGACUCCCCCAGCCUGGACACGGCAUCUCUCCUGGGGCAUGCUCGCAGCAUCCCCGACUCCUUCCUGGGCCGCCCUCCCUACGACAGCUACGGUUACGGCUCCUUCGGGAACGGUUCCUCCAGCAGCGCCGAGGGCGUCACCGACAGCAUGGGCUCGGUGGAAGUCACCUACGGCUACAUGGGGCAGGAGCAGUUCAAGCGGCGCACGCUCUCCGCCCCGAUGAGGCCGCUCAGCAUUGCCAUGGGGGAGCGGUCGCUGGAGAACGUGGCCGGGCGCCCGCGCCUGGACUCGCUCAGCUCCAUCGAGGAGGAUGACUACGACACGCUGGCCGACAUCGACUACGACAAGAACGUCAUCCGCACCAAGGUGGCCGCCUACGGCCUCAUUUUCCGCCCCAACGACUUCGCUUCCUACCUGCUGGCCAUCGGCAUCUGCAACCUCCUCCUCUACUUCGCCUUCUACAUCAUCAUGAAGCUCCGCAGCGGCGAGCGCAUCAAGCUCAUCCCCUUGCUCUGCAUCGUCGGCACCUCCGUGGUCUGGGGCUUCGCCCUCUUCUUCUUCUUUCAGGGGCUCAGCACGUGGCAGAAAACGCCGGCCGAGUCGCGGGAGCACAACCGGGACUGCAUCCUGCUCGACUUCUUCGACGACCACGACAUCUGGCACUUCCUCUCCUCCAUCGCCAUGUUCGGCUCCUUCCUGGUGCUGCUGACGCUGGACGAUGACCUGGACUGUGUCCAGCGGGACAAGAUCUACGUCUUCUAGGAGCCCCCGGCCCACCCCGCUCGCCCCGGGACUGUGCCAAACGCCCGGCCCCGCCGGGGCGCCGCGUGCCCCUGGGGAGGGAUGCCCGUGCUGGGGGUCCCGCCAGCCGCUCCGUCCCCCUCCCCAUCGGUGGGGUCCCACUCCCCCACCCCCCUGGGUGCUGAGUGCCCGUUGUAGCCCAAAACAGGGCUGGGGGGCCACCAGGGCACCCCGUCCUCGGUGGCAAGUGACACUGGAAAAUGUGCCGCUCCGUGUGCCCGCGGCUGGGGGGGGGCCGGGGCGAGCGCCGUGCCAGCAGCCCCGUGGCCCCCCCCGGGCAGGGGGCCGUGGGUCUCUCUUCAGUGCCUGAGUCGGACGGGUGGGAGGUGAGGGCACGCGUGUCCGUGGAGGUGGCGACGGCAGGAGAGGCCCCACUGGUGUCUCCGUCAGCGUCCCGGGGCAGGGGGUGGGGGGUGUCGGUCGCUGUGUGCCCCCCCUUGGAGGCUGCCGUGUGCUCUCCGUGCGUGGAUCUGCUGGGAAGGGACUCGCAUUAAAGUGUCUGCACUUUG